CUGUUCCUCAGUUUCCCCAGGACCCCUCCUCAAAUCACCAACUCUCCCCCCAUGGAGGACAACCAAGAGCAGCCACGAGACCCCCAAGAGCCCACUGACACCAAACCGGCGGAGGCUCCGAUCCCGGAGGAUGGCUCCGAGCGGGAGAAACCGGUGGAAGAAGCAACAACGGGAGGUGAGAAGGAAGAGGAGGAAGCCUUCCUCGUCAGCCUCUACAAGUUCAUGAAGGACCGACACACGCCCAUCGAGAGGAUCCCCCACCUCGGCUUCAAGCAGAUUAACCUCUGGAAGAUCUACAAAGCCGUGGAGAAGCUGGGAGCCUACGAGCUGGUGACGGGGCGACGGCUCUGGAAGAACGUUUACGACGAGCUGGGGGGCAGCCCUGGCAGCACCAGUGCGGCCACUUGCACCCGGCGGCACUACGAGAGGCUGGUCCUCCCGUACGUGCGGCAUCUCAAGGGGGAGGAUGACAAGCCUCUGCCCCCCAGCAAGCCCCGCAAGCAGUACAAGGUCUCCAAGGGCACCGAGACGGGCGAGAAGAGCAAGAGGGCCAAGAAGGAGAAGGGCCGGGAGCAGAUGCCUCCAGACAAGGCGAAGCCGGAGGUGGCAGCCGGCACGGAGGACACGAGGGAUGCCCCAGAGCGGGGCCGGGCAGCUGAGGGGUGCUCCAGCCCGGUGGUCCCCACCCCGAGCCCCUUGGAGGGGUGUCCCGGCCCCUGCAGGACCCACCCCGAAACCUACAAGCGCCUUUUCUCCAGCUUCUACUCCAAAGGCAACCACCCCAUCAUGUCACCGCUGGCCAAGAAGAAGCUGCUGGCCCAGGUGAGCAAGGCAGAGUCCUUGCCCUGCCACAAACGCCACCACCCCGAGGGCCGGCAGCCGGCGAGCGACGCUGGCCCCGAGCCCCCCCGGCCGGCCACUGGCCCCCACCUCAAUGAGCAGAGGAGCCCGGAACCCUCGGGAGCUCAGGAUACAGCUCCGAGCGUGGGGAACGAGGUGGGACCCAUCACCGGCGAGGUGGGACCCAUCACCAGCGCGUCCCCCGGUGGGAGAGACAGCCAGCACUGCCCCCGGGCCGAGGACGGGUGCCCGGCCCCCGCCGUCUUCACCGGCUGCUUCCACGCCUACCGCAACGAGGUGCUGAAGCCCGUCGGCCGCCACCCCCUCUGGGGGUAUUUCUCCAGCUUGAAGGAUUUUUUGGAGCCGCCUUCCACCUUCCCAUCGCGAGCCGAGGAGCCGGAGCAGCCCCAAGACCUGCGGAGCAAAGCGGGGCAGCCGUGGGGCGGGGAGAGCCGGCGAGCGGGUGCCCGCGCCACCGUCCGAGCCUGCUGGGUGCCCCCCGGCGCCGCCUUCGCCCCCGCCGCGCCCAGGGCCAAGCACGGCCGGGAGGAGGAGGCGGCGUUCGCCCCCAGCGCCAAGCUACGCGCCAUCUCCCCCUUCCUCACCGAGGCCGAUGGCGGGGACACGGGCACUGGCUCUCCGGGGGGCCAGCAAGGGUUGGCCAAACCCAAGGCUGUGGUGGCCAGCCCCGGCUACGCCGCGCCGCUGCCGCAAGCCCCGGACGUUUACAAGGGAGCGAUGCUGCAUUUCCCAGCGAGUUUUGGGAGUCCACUGGAGCACCUUAAAACCCAGGGAGUGCCGGCGGCACCGUCCCUCUCCGUCAACCCCUUCAUCAUUCCCGCUUUUCCCAGCCCUUUGGUAGCCACCUCCACGCAGCCUUCCGACCUGUGCCGGCCGCUGGCGACCGGCCCCGGGCACUACCCGGCGGCGUCCUACGAGAGCUCGCUGCGGCACCGGCUCUACCCGGCGGCCACUUGGCACACCCCAGCCACUUACACCUCACCGCGUGUGCCGGCCUUCCACCGCCACGCCAAGCUGUAGCGCUUCCAUCCCUCUCCGGAUCGGCCUCGUUCCGUGCGGAAAAAGGAGCCGGCUGCGAUGCCGCAGUGGCUGAGCUGGGCAACGAGGAACGUGCCGGAGCCGGUCACCGCUUCCGAGCCCACGGGAACGGGGCCGAGAGGAGCCAAGCUGGACUGUGACAUUUUUACUUUUGAUCUUAGAGCUGUUUGUAUCCGACAUCGUUACGCCGGGGACUUAACUACCAGUAUCACGAGGUUAUAUAUAUAUUAUAUAUAUAUAUAUAUACACACACAUACACACAUAAAAGAAAAAAGAAAAAAAAAAAAAAGGGAGCCAAACAGGUUGUGGAGGUUUCUGUUUUGCUGGAGAUGCUGUGCCCCAGGGCGCUUCCGCAGGGUGCGGCGAGGAGGCUGAGCCGGGCGGGCGGUGGUUAUUCCCAUCCCACCGCACCCGGGGCCCUGGCUGGCUCACAGCACGUGAUGCAAACUUGAGUUUGAAUCACGUUGCCUCCAUCCGGGGUUCCAGAGGGUUGGGGGUUUUUUUUUUUAGGGAUUUGGGACUGCAGCAAGCGGCUGCUGCGUUGGGUGUCAGCCUGGAAAGCGCUCUGGCCGCUCCGCUCGCUGCUGCUCCGUGCCUGGAGCAGCCGCAGCGGCUGCGCCGGGUGGCAAAUAAAACUGGCUGGAUGUUCCCGA